AUCCACUUUCUACUUCUCAUUCCUUUAGAAGACUAGGGGGCAGCAGUCAGGAGGGCUGUCCAGACGGCCCCCUGCCCCCACCCCUUCCUCCAGGUCCUCCAGGGGGAUUCUGAGGACUUCCCAAAGCAGCUGAGAGACAUAAUCUCACCAGCGUGUCCUGGGUCUUCCCCAGGGUCAAAUACCUCACCAGAGUUAGAGCGUAUAUGCAGGUAUUGAACACAGGACUUAUGUGAUAAACCGGGCCCCCUAACAGACUGUAAAAGUAGCCUGUUUGUACAGUGUUAGUAUCGAUGCACAUUAUCUGAUUCUAAAUUCAUUUGCAAACUGUUCUGUGAACAGUCCUUAAGUUCAGUCCAACGGUGAACAUAAAAUUAGGAACUGGAUCAAGUCCGUGACAACCUCUCACAGAGUCUCGCUGGAGCCAGUGAAGAAUAAAUUCACAGACAGAAACGGAAGUGAAAGUGACAGCGAAGUGUUUCCUAGUUCAGAGAGAUCAGAUCGAGGUGCAGUCUUGUGAGAAACAUGAGCUCCUCAGACCUUAAACCCGUCUUACUGAAGAUCUCAGACCAACUGUCCUCCGAGAACCUGGACAAGAUGAAGUUCCUGUGUGGAGACAUGAUCGGGAAAAAGGACCUGGAGAAGGUAACCACCGGGUCCAAGCUGUUCCUGCUCCUGAUGGAGAGAGGCAAAUUGGGGCCCGACAACACCGAGUGUCUGUCCAAGCUGCUCACGGACAUUGAGCGAAAAGACCUGUCAGACAAGUUACACGGUUUAGACGGAGAAUCCGGAGACCGCCGAGACCAGCCGGACGACACAGAGAGAGCAAAACUGGACAUCACCACAGAGGUGAUCGCAGAAAAUCUGGGACGGUCGUGGCGUAAGCUCGGCCGCAAACUGGGUUUGAAUGAGAUCAAGCUGGAGUCCAUCAACAGGAGGCAUCCCACAGACCUGGAGGAGACAGUGGUGGAGCUGCUGAAGGAGUGGAGGAAGAGUCAAGGAGCCCAGGCUCGAGUGGAGCAGCUGAUAGAAGCUCUCAGACUCUGUCAGUUCAACCUGACUGCUGAUAAAGUGGAGGACAAACUGAAGAAGAUCCACAGAUCAGAUGAGACUGAGAUUAACUCUGAAUGAAAAUCAACUAUCCAAAAAGAAGAUUUAUGAAAUUAUGCAAAAAAAGAAUCAUGUUUGUUGAGGUGAAUAAAUUGACUUACUGAAUGUGAUAAAAUAUGAAGCAGAGAAGGUGACAGUGUGUAAAGACAGUGAUCACAGCUUCGUUUAGAGUCAGCUCAUCCUGCUCAUUUUUUUUUUUUUUUAUCUGAGGAUCAAAACAAAGAUUUAUCAAAUAAACGUCAUCAAACUGAAACUGAGAAGUUUACAUUAUAACCUUCAUCCAUCAUUAGAAGAAAGAUGGUGCCAUUGUAAAAGAAGUCGGAGGUCAGACUGACUGAUAGUGACUGAUGUGUGUGCAGUAUCACCACUUGAAAGUCCUAUGAAAAUGACAUCUGAAGUCGAAGCAAAGAA